CAUUGACCUCGCGACUCUGAGGCUCUCACACUAGGUCCAAAGAGGUGGACACUACCGCGGUUCGUACCAUAUAGGUGUACCUGACAAACUGGAUCUGAGGACGAGAACAGACGCACGAGACAUUCUCGAAAACAAGUGUUCCCGCUGCGCAGGGUAUGUGGGUGUGGUCAACGGAGCCAGGAAGGACAUCGACGGAAGGAAGGACAUCAGAGCCGCACUGGCUGGCGAGAGGAAGUUCUUUCUCUCUCACUCUUCCUACCGCCACAUGGCUGAUAAACUGGGCACUCCUUACCUCCAGAAGGCACUCAACCAGAUGCUGACCAACCACAUCAGGGACACUCUGCCGUCACUGCGGACCAAGCUGCAGGCGGAGGUCCUGUCCAUGGAGAAGGAGGUGGAGGAGUACAAGAAGUUCAAACCAGGAGACCCCGCCAUGAAGACCAAGGCCAUGCUCACGUUGGUCCAGACGUACAGUCUGGAGUUUGAGCGGAGGAUAGAGGGAGGAGGGACUUCAGAUGGAGCCGCCUCCCAGGAGCUCAGCGGAGGAGCCAAGAUCAGCAGAAUAUUCCACGAGAGGUUCCCUUUUGAGCUGGUCAAGUUGGAGACGGAUGAGAAGCAGAUGAGGCGGGAGAUUAGCUACGAGAUAAAGAACCAGCUGGGAGUCAGAGUUGGUCUGUUCACUCCUGACCUGGCGUUUGAGGAGAUAGUGAAGCGACAGAUCAAGAAGCUUCUGCAGCCGUCCCUCAAGUGUGUCGACAUGGUGUCCACGGAGCUGGGAGCCGUCGUACAGACAUGUUCAGAGGGGAUGGCCAAGUACCCACGGCUGAGAGAUGAGACUGAGAGAGUCCUGUCCACGCAGCUCCGGGAACAAGAACAGGCUUGCAAGCAACAUCUGAAGCUGAUGGUGGAGAUAGAGCUCUCCUACAUGAACACCAACCACCCUGACUUCAUUGGCUUCGACAGAGCCUCCAAGACCAAACAAGGAGGCACCCGGACUGCCAGCCACCAGCUCAUCCGCAAGGGCUGGCUCAGCAUCCCCGUCUCCCUCAUCAAGGGCUCCACCAGAGAAUACUGGUUUGUCCUCAGCUCUGACAGCCUCACCUGGUACAAGGACAAUGAGGAGAAGGAGCAAAAGUACAGUCUGAGACUGGAGGACAUGAGGGUGAGGGAUAUCGAGGCCGGCCGCUUCUCUAUCGGCAAGAAACAUGUGUUUGCUCUCUUCUAUACCACUGGCAAGAACGUGUACAAGGACAAGGACCAGCUGGAGAUGGUAGCUCAGAGUGAGGAGGAGGUGGAGAACUGGAAGGCCUCUCUCCUCAGAGCUGGUGUCUAUCCUCAAUCAGACAGCAGCUCCAGAAUUGACAGUGGAGAACAGGAUUCCAUUGAUCCCCAAUUAGAGAGGCAGGUUGAGACCAUCAGAAACCUGGUGGACUCCUACUUCUCCAUCGUCAGCAAGAACAUCAGGGACUCCGUCCCAAGAGCAUCAUGUUCAUGAUGGUCAACAAGUUGAAGGAGUACAUCUCAAAGGACCUGCUGGCCAUGAUCUACGCAGCGGGGGACCAGUCAGAGAUGAUGGAGGAGAGUCAGGAGGCCACUCUCAGGAGAGAGGACAUGAUCCAUAUGUACCACACCUGCAAUGAGGCCCUAUCUCUCAUACGAGAUGUCACCUCAAAGACUUGUAUGGCUCCAUCUUACAGCCUUGCAGACAAAACGCACAUGACUGACAAACAGACCUCACUUUCACUUUAGUGCACUUUUGCCAAGAAUACAACCUUUAGCCCUGAAAACAUCUUACUUCACUUGAACGUAGCCAACUCUACUUUUGGUAGAAUUCUGGCAUAAGAAAUGUGCAUAAUUCUUCCCUCUUUCCUCCUCUCUGUCUCCACACUUCACCUGAACUUAGCCAACUCUUAUUUUGAUGUCCAUUUCCGUUUCAUUUAUCCCCCCACUUGCAGUGCACACGCCCCUGCCACCUCCUGUGCAGUAUGACGACCAGUCAGACAGCCACCCACCGCCACCCAGGAGUCGCCCCAAUCCCCCCGCCCCCUCCCGCCCGACACGCCCAACUCCCGGUCGAUCUCCCGUACCUCCUGCUAUUAACAACGACAGGCCUCAUGUCCCACGACGUCCUUCAGCAAACCCAGGACCUGGAGGGACACGCCCUGCCCCACCCCCACCACGCCCCUCUGUCCCACAGAGACCUCACUAGACCACACCCACCUCCUUUUAUGGAGACUUUUAGAAAACAGUUAUAUAUAUAUUAUUGUAUUAAUACUCUUGCUUGACGCUAGUUUUUUAUCAUAAUUGUAUAUUAUAUUAUUUGCAUAAUUAUUGCAGUUAUUACGUAACAACCAAC